AUGGUAGGUGAACGGGAAUGCCGGCGUGGGCACGGGCGCGGCGGGGAGAGCGCGCGGGCAGGGUCUCCCCGGGGUUGCAGAGAUCGGAGGGCCCGUCGGGACGCCCCCCUCCCCGGGGGACUCGCGGCCUCCUGGGGUAUUUCUGUCUUUUCGUCGGCCACGCUCGCUGCGGGGCUGGAGGCGCCGGCGCAGCGACCUUUCUCGGGGCGCGGGGAACCUCUCUCGAACCUGGGUUGGCGCCUGCGCAUUCCCAGCUCCUCGCCUCCGUCCCCGCUCGGCUCCCACAGCGGCCGGGGCGGGGAGUGCGGGUGCGGCGGCCGCCGGCGGAACGCUCCCCUCUGCCUCAAUUGCUCCACCCUCCCUGGAGACAGGUCCCUGGGCGCAAGAAGCCCGGUGCCCUGCAACAACAGCAGGGCCCUGGGGCCCUUUGACCCCCAGGACUUGAACCUGACUGAUGAGGAGCUCAGGCUCAAGUACCUGGGGCCCCAGCAGACGGAGCUGUUCGUGCCCAUCUGUGUCACGUACCUGUUGAUCUUCGUGGUGGGCGCCGUGGGCAACGCGCUGAUCUGCGCCGUCAUCCUGCGCCACAGGGCCAUGCGCACACCCACCAACUACUACCUCUUCAGCCUGGCCGUGUCGGACCUGCUCGUGCUGCUCCUGGGUCUGCCCCUGGAGCUCUACGAGAUGUGGCGCAACUACCCGUUCCUGCUGGGCGCCGGUGGCUGCUACUUCCGCACGCUGCUCUUCGAGACUGUCUGCCUGGCCUCGGUGCUCAACGUCACCGCCCUGAGCGUAGAGCGCUACGUGGCCGUGGUGCACCCGCUGCAGGCCCGGUCCGUAGUGACGCACACCCACGUGCGCCGCGUGCUCGGGGCCGUGUGGGGCCUCGCCCUGCUCUGCUCUCUGCCCAACACCAGCCUGCACGGCAUUCGGCAGCUGGACGUGCCCUGCCGGGGCACGGUGCCCGACUCGGCCGUGUGCACCCUGGUCCGCCGGAGAGCCCUCUACAACCUGGUCGUGCAGGCCACCGCGCUGCUCUUCUUCUGCCUGCCCAUGGCCACCAUCAGCGUGCUCUACCUGCUCAUCGGGCUGCGGCUGCGGCGUGACAGGCUGCUGAUUCUCAGGCAGGAGGCCAAGGGCAGGGCCAGGACUAGCGACGGCCGCAGGCUCCAGCCGCUGCAGGAUCGGGCUCGGACACAGGUGACCAAGAUGUUGUUUGCCCUGGUCGUGGUGUUUGGGAUCUGCUGGGCCCCGUUCCACAUCGACCGCCUCAUGUGGAGCCUCGUGUCCCGCUGGACCGAGGGCCUGCACCUGGCCUUCCAGCACGUGCACGUCGUCUCCGGCGUCUUCUUCUACUUCAGCUCGGCCGCCAACCCUGUGCUCUACAGCCUCAUGUCCAGCCGCUUCCGGGACACCUUCCGGGAGGCCCUGUGCCUGGGGACCCGGUGCCGCCGCCACGGACCCCGCCGCAGCUCCCACAGCCUCAGCAGGGUGACCACGGGCAGCACCCUGUGUGACACGGGCUCCCCCGGCAGCAGGGCCCAGCCCCUGGCUGAGGGGCGGCAGGAGACGGACCCUUCCUGAGAGGAGCCUCAGGCAGCUUCACCCUGCGGGCCCAGAGGGCCACAUCCAGCUUUGGGGGCCACACCUGCCUCCUCUGCAGCGUGUCUUUGUGGCCUGUCCCCCUUCGUGCCCCGUCCCCACUUCAGCCUAGAAACCCUGACCAGCCACCUCAGUGAUCCCGCCCCACCCAUGGGUCGGAAGGGCUAUAAGGUUGCUGUCUGUCCUCCAGACUCUCAGGUCCCCGGUUCCAGCCCUUCCCCUGGAAGGGGAACAUCGUGGUCGGAUAACCGCGCACGGCAAGACUCCAUCUGGGGAACCCCCCCGCCCCCAGCCCGUUUCUGAACUGUUUCCGUGGCGCCCUGCCUCUCCUUCCCACUUCUUGCCGAGCUUCUGCAGGUUCUGGCCCAUUCCGUCCCUCUCUAGCUCUUGGCCUGCAACUGGGAUCCUGACCGGACCCCUCCCUGGCCCCCAGUCGGCUUGCUUUGCUCUGGGAGCUCCACCUGGUGGAGCCACUAGGCGGCAGGGGUGUCGGGGAUCCAGGAGCCCUGGCUCCGGUCUCGGCUGAGCCACCACCACCUUGCCCCGGCCGGCAUCAAGCAAAC